GAACCAGCCUGAAGUAAAGGUCAUGGAGAGGGAGACAUGGGGCAGUAAAAUGGAGUAUCUCUUGGCUGUGGCAGGACACUUGGUUGGUCUUGGCAACGUGUGGAGAUUUCCAUAUCUCUGCUACAAAAACGGAGGAGGUGUCUUCCUGAUUCCAUAUGUGGUGUUCCUGUUCACGUGUGGCAUUCCCAUCUUCUUCAUGGAGACCACUCUGGGACAGUUCACCAGCCAAGGAGGCAUCACCUGCUGGAGAAAGCUCUGCCCUUUGUUUCAGGGUAUCGGUUAUGGAAGCCAAGUGGUGAUCCUUUACAGUGGAGUUUACUACAUCAUUAUUUUGGCCUGGGCGUUCCUCUAUCUGUUCUCCUCCUUCAGUUCAAAGCUCCCAUGGGCCACCUGUCAAAAUUCUUGGAACACAGUUGACUGUUUUGAGCAUGGAUCCAAUCAAACAUCUGUCAUGCAGUUGACCGGGGGCGGGUCCUCUUCUGUUGUGGAGUUCUGGGAGAGGAGGAUCUUGGGACUGUCUGAUGGGAUUGACCACAUUGGGAAUGUUCGCUGGGAGUUGGCCUUGUGUCUUCUUUUGGCCUGGAUUGUGUGUUACUUCUGUGUGUGGCAGGGAGUCAAGUCGACAGGAAAGGUGGUAUACUUCACUUCCACAUUCCCAUACCUGAUGCUAGUCGUAUUGCUGAUUCGCGGACUCACUUUACCAGGAGCUAAAGAGGGAGUGAUAUUCUACCUGUAUCCAGACCCAUCCAGACUCGCUGAUCCAGAGGUUUGGAGUGAUGCUGGCAGCCAGAUCUUCUUCUCUUAUGGUGUGUGCAUGGGUAUUCUCUGCUCACUUGGAAGUCACAAUAAGUACAACAACAACUGCUACAAAGAUUGUGUUUACUUGGGUCUCUUGAACAGUUUAACCAGUUUUGUAGCUGGAUUUGCCAUCUUCUCUGUCUUGGGCUUCAUGGCAAAGGAGCAGGGAGUGCCUAUAUCAAUGGUGGCUGAAUCUGGUCCAGGCCUGGCGUUUAUUGCUUAUCCUCGUGCAGUGGCCAUGAUGCCUGUUCCUCAACUAUGGGCCAUUUUCUUCUUUGUGAUGCUACUCUUAUUAGGAUUAGACAGUCAGUUUGUGAAUCAGGAAGCUCUGGUCACCACCAUCUCAGACAUGUAUCCAAACUUUUUUCAAAACCCUUGUCGAAGAAAACUGCUCCUCCUGGGCUUGUGUGUGGGGAGUUUCCUUGUUGGCCUUUUGCUAAUUACUGAAGGAGGCCUCUACAUUUUUCAGCUGUUUGACUACUACGCCUGCAGUGGGAUGACCCUGUUGUUGUUAGCCGUGUUUCAGUCCGUGUGUGUCGGAUGGGUCUAUGGUGCAGAUCAGAUGUAUGAUAAUAUCCAGGACAUGAUUGGAUACCGGCCUAAUGCCUUUAUGAAGUAUUGUUGGCAGUACCUUACCCCUGGAGUGUGUACUCUGACAAUAGUCUUUUCUUUGGUAAAAUAUUCUCCUCUUAAAUUUAACAACACUUAUGAGUACCCGUGGUGGGGUUAUGCCAUCGGGGGACUUUUCACUCUCUCCUCCACACUCCUGGUGCCAUUGUACAUGCUUUAUGCAGUUUGUGUCACACCUGGAACAUUCAAACAGAGAAUAAAGAUUUUGUGUUCUCCAGCAAAAGACUUAAAGAGAAGAGAGGUCAAUAAAGAAGCUUUUCAGACGUUUACAGAUCUGUACACACUACGAAUACAAGAUGAUAUCCAUGAAGUAGUCCCAGUAAUAGUUUGA